AUGCGAGAUUAGCCUUCUGACUUUUAGAAUGAGCUAGUUUUUUUUUUUUAAAAGCUUUACGUUCUUUGGAGAUUUUACCAUUUCUGGCCGAAAACCUUAGAAAAUACAACUUUGAUUUUCCUCUUACUGUACAUAUAGCUGACGACCUGGUGAAGUUGCUGCUGCUAAAUCGUGUGGUUGGUUCGUUGUUAGGUUUUGAUUUGAAUGUUAUUUGGGGUUAACUUGAGAGAAUGAAUACAUUAGGUGCUGUAAUGUAACAUCCAAUACCAGAUUAUUAUAAGAAGAUUUGCUUUUUCUUUGGGUAUUUAUUUACCAUAAGAGAAGUACUGUAGAGCAGCUUCAUUAAGCGUUAAGAACAUAUACUUUGGCAAGUUUAGAUCUUGUUACGUCUACAAUGAGUAUACCUGAUGAACAACAGUUUGCCAUGGAUCAACUUGUUGGAACCAAUGAUGAAUCCAAUAAGAAACCGAGAAUUUCAUACACGAGAAACUUUCUUUCGUCCUUGAAAGAUAAAGAUGUUUGUAAGAAGCUGCCAAAUCUUCCCUCUGAGUUUAAUGAUUUACUCUUGCGUCACACCGAAGAUCCUUCACCCGAGCGGCUGAGAAUUCCUGGCGAUUUGAGACGGAAUGACUAUAGUUCAUCGCCUCCCACUAGGGGUGAAUUAGGUAGCAACUCGCGAGGCACCCAUGGAAGAUGGGAAGGGCGCUCAGGCUCAGGUGGAUGGAAUGAUAAAGAUGCUGAUUCUUCACAUUCAGAUCGGGACCCAGGAGAGCGUGGAAGGCGUUCUGGCUUGCCAUCUCGGAGGCCUUGGCAACCACCGGAGCAUGAUGGACUUCUUGGGAAAGGUUCUUUCCCUAAGCCUUCUGGAUUUGGUGCGGGAUCAUCUGACCCCAGAUCUCAGUCUAAUGACACGUAUCAGCUGAGGAGAAGCAAUGAACCUUACCAUCCUCCUCGCCCAUACAAGGCGGAACCUUACACUCGACGUGACACUAGAGACUCACUAAAUGAUGAGACGUUUGGUGCUUCUGACUCUACAAGUGAAGAUAGAGCUGAAGAAGAAAGACAAAGAAGAGCUUCUUUUGAGUUGUUGAGGAAGGAACAUCAAAAAGUAUUUCAGGAGAGGCAAAAAUCAAACCCAGACUUACGUAAAAACGACUUCGAUUUUACUGAACUGCUUGGGGAGUCCAAAGAUGAAAAAGAGCGGCCAAGUAGAAGCGAUGAAGUCCAUAACACUCCAUCAGAUCCUGGUUCUAGUAACCACUCUUUUCCCCCUCAAAGUAAUGCGCCCAGGCCGCUUGUACCUCCUGGUUUUGCUAGCACAGUUUUGGGAAGAAAGCAAGGGGGAAAACCUCAAGCUGAAACUUCUCAACAUGAGCGUAGUCCUUUGAAUCCCAAAGGCGUUAAUAUGGUGAAUGCGGGAAUUACAAUAGGCUCAAGUGUGAUGCUGGUAGAAGGUGAAGCUGUUCGUGUCUACUCCCCUGACACAAGUGAAAAGGCUGCUAAUAUACCUUCAUUUGUAGGAAUAUCUACAAAUACAGUUAAUCAGGACAAAAGUUUUGAAAAUCUUUCCUCCAUCUCAACCGCUGCUGAAGCUCAGGGAUAUCCUAUAAAAACUGAACAGGCUCCAGUGACGCUAGAACACAAGAAAAGCUUGGAGGAUGGGCCAUCAAUUCUCGAUAAGAUAUUCAACACCGCUAUAAAUUUGAAUACUGGUGCCUCCUCUAAUAAGAAAGUUGUAGAAAAAGUUGAAGAGACACGGAGCCCUCAGCCUGUUAAAUCCUCAAAGUUCGCACAUCUAUUCCUUGAAGAAGAUAACAAGCCUGUCGAAGAUCCCCCAUCCAGCAGGCCACCAGGAGGCUUACUGUCACUACUUCAAGGUGCAGAUAAAUUGCCAACCUUUGAGACAAAACCUAAGGGUGAAUUUUCGAUGGAUUUUCCUUAUCAAGGCCAUGCCACUAAAAGCAUUGAUAAGUUAAGCAACACUUCCUCAACUAAACCAGUAACAGCUGCUCCACCUGUUCUUACUUGUGAAGAUCUUGAGCAGUCUAUUCUGUCAGAAGUUAGUGAAAUCUAUCCUCCUCCUCCUCCUCCAUUGCCAGUUGACCAAGACUUUAGUGUUUCUUCAGUGAAGAAGACCAAACAACGGAAAGCAUCUGUUGAUGACCAGGCUUCGCAGCACCUUCUUUCUUUAUUACAGAGAAGUGCCGACCCAAAAAGUCAAGAUACGGUCAUAGAGACUAGACUACCACCAUCUGUGAAAGCAAGUACUGCCGGAGAAGUACUUGCACCAGAGAAGUCUUUGACUCUUGAGAAUCUGUUUGGGAGUGCCUUCAUGAAUGAACUGCAGUCAAUUGGAGAACCAGCCUCUGGAAGAGCUACGGUUACUGAUGCUCCUGUGGUCACGCUACGAUCAGACAGGUCUAUGGGUGAACUGAGCCAAAGAAAUCAAAUCAGACCUGACGGUCUCCCCGGAGGGCUACAAGGCCUUCCAGGAGAUGGUAACUUCCUUGGCGUUGGCGAUCCUGUAAACCCACAAAAAUACAUGUCUUUUCCAAGAUCUCAUAAUCAGGAGCCUGAAGUAACUUUCAACAUCUCUGACAAGCUAGCCGCUUUAAACUCUGGUCCAAGGAACGAAAGACCAACAAUGGGAGGUCAAGAUGGUCCCUUUCUUCAACAUCAUCCCCAACAAUAUGCUCAUGUAAAACCUCAGCUCGAUUUCAUGGGCCAAGGAAGCAUCAGAGGUCAACAUCAGGAUUCUUCACCAAAUCACCGGUUUCCACCAAACAUGAUUCACCAUCGUCCACCUUUCCAGAAUUCAACAACUAGUGGACUUCCCGAGUUUGAUCAUCUUCCGCCACAUAUGAUGCAUAUGCAAGACAACCUGCAACGCCAGCAUCUAAUGCAAGGAUUCCCCGGUGGUGCUCCACCACACCAUCACUCUCCUAAUGUAAACAACCAAAUGCAGGGUCUCAUCCCCGAAUUGAAUCCAUCACAGGGCAUUCCCUUCGCUCAUCGCCAGCCCAACUACGGUCCUCAAGUCAACAGAGUUGAUCAUCCAGCUUCACUUCAGGCACUCUUGGGGAUUCACCAGAGGAUAGACCCAUCCAAGCAGUCGCCCGUAAUGGGUCAAGCCGGUGGCCCUAAUCGUCAGGGCUCUAUGGGUCAUGAACUGGACCUUGGCUUUGGCUACAAGUAACUCUGCUCUGCCCACAAUCCUCUAAAAAAAAGAGUUUAUGAAGUCUGUUUCUCUUGCUGCUUGUGGUAUGUGGAUGCUUAUAAAUAACAGUGGUAGAUUUUGAUGUACUUUCGAGUCCUAUGAUUUGCAUGAUCUAUUUUAGGUUUCUGUUUUUCGAAAUCUGUAGCUCAAAUCUCAAUGUUUCCGUGAGUCGAAGUUAUAAUAAGUGCGAGACUGUGAGGUUUUCUUAUGUGCCGCAAACACUCCGCAUACAUUAUAUGGUUUAAUCUUAUCCAGAACAAAAACAGCCCAUGUAUUUAUUUGCAUGUGAUUACAUUUGGCUAAGAAGAGUUUGACAUCAA